CCACGCACUGCACUGAAACGCACAGCAGCAAAGAUGUGUCCCGGUUGCCCUUGCUGCUCCCGCGAGGCUGCUUUAGCCAAAGGCAGCCGAAGUACGACAACGAUAGCUACUGGUCUGACAGCGAUUACAGCGAUUGGUACAGUUUUUUCUGGGAUUACCAUACUUUACCUAUUCAACGACAUCGACAAUUUUUAUGAAGAAGCGAUUGGCGAGCUCUCGGAUUUCAAUAAUUACGCCAACUCUGCGUGGCAGGAUAUGCGCCCAACGCCACAAGAGGCGAGAGAAAGAAGAGCCAUUGUAUUUCGUGAUGUGAUCGGAGUAUCCCGUCCCCGUCGUCAGUGGCCAGCACAUUGCAACUGUGGGCCUCCUGCCCUAAACUGCCCACAAGGACCACCAGGACCUCCUGGAGCUCCUGGACCUGAUGGGGAACCUGGUAAAGCAGGCUUACCUGGUAAAAGAGGAAAUGAUGGAAUCAAAAUUAGUAUGGGAGGUGGAGCUGGUGGAUGCAUCAAAUGCCCUCCUGGACCACCCGGCCCACCAGGACCGGAUGGACGUCCAGGCCCGCCUGGACCUCCUGGACCCCCAGGAACUCCAGGAAGAGCGGGUGGACAAGGGCCCCCUGGACCUCCUGGACCUGCAGGAGAUCCUGGACCGGGAGGACCGCCAGGACCAGCUGGUCCACCAGGACAACCAGGCAGGGAUGGACAGCGCGUCAAGGGUACACCUGGUCCUGCUGGACCUGCAGGACCUAUGGGUCCUCCUGGACCUCCGGGACCGCCUGGCGUAGGUGGGCCUGCUCUUCCAGGCCCUCCAGGACCGCCAGGACCUGCAGGAAGGCCUGGCCCUCCCGGACCACCAGGGCCCAAGGGAAGUCCGGGAGUUGCUGGCGCACCAGGAAAAGACGGCAUAUAUUGUCCAUGCCCACCAAGAACAUCCACAUACGCGCGACCAGUGCGCCGUUUUAUAAUAGCAAAUUAAGUGUCACUGGCAGAUAAGCAUGCUAUGUUGUAGACUAUAAACUGGAUUCCAUUUUACUUUAUGACCUCUUUAUGCUGAAUACAGUUUGAUACCGUCAAUAAACGUUAAGAGAUAAU